GUCGGGGAGAUCAACGACGGCGGUAUUCGACACGUAUAAACAGUUAGUCUCAGAUCUGUGACGUGUUUGAAAACUGUGCCGGCAUCAUAAUAGUAUAGUCGUGUUGUGUAAGGUACCUCUAUACCUAAAUAAUAACUCAAUACCUACCUGUACAACCCCACAGGUUAUUAAUUAUUCCUAGUUAUUCAUUUUCUCUAUCCCUUUGCCGUUUACCGCCGCUUGUUUUCAAUUAAUUACUAAAAAAAAAAAUACGGUAUAACGAGUGUAUUUUAAAUUAAACUAUAUAUUAUAUAGUGACAUCAUACAUUUUUGGUUGUCGUCUACUUUUGUUUUUCUCAUAUUACAUAAAUUAUCGUCGUUAUACCACAUGGAACGCAAUCAAUUCGUGUGGCUGUGCAAAGAACUCUUUCAACGUUUGAUUUCCGUAAAAAUCAAAACGUAUGUAUUUUUUAUCGCAAUGGGUUUGGUAGAAUUUGGAAGUAUUCCACACUUGCAAAGCAUCGGCUUUUUUUGCGGGGAUCCCAAAAUAAGCUACAAAUACCAAGGCGAUACGGUGGAGUCCCAUGUGCUUAUACUAGUUACACUCAUAGUUCCAUAUUUGGCCGCAAUGAUGACCGAAUACUUCACUAAAGAAAAAAACAAAUUUGAUUCCGAACGGUAUGAAUGGCUUAAAGAAUCGUUGCGGUGGUAUCGUCAAUAUAUCUUAGGACUGAUAUUCGUAUUUUUUAUAACAGACGUCGGCAAACUUCUGAUUGGUGAACCAAGGCCACAUUUUUUAGACACUUGUCUUCCUAAAGAAGCCAAAAACUGCACUAAUAGGUAUAUUGAUCGUUAUACGUGUAUGAACGAAAAUGAAAGCACAUAUAUCAUACGAGAUGCCAGCAAGUCAUUUCCAUCGGGCCAUGCUUCCAUUUCAGUGUACGGAUCAAUAUCUUUAGCCUGGUAUCUACAUAACAAAUGCAAAUCGCGUUCGUUGCUGUUAAUGCCAGUCUUACAAGCGAUGUGCAUGCUCUGGGCCAUGUUCUGUUCUCUGACUAGGAUCACAGAUCACAGACAUCAUUGGUGGGACGUGUUGGCUGGUUCGAUAAUUGGAAUCAUGAUCUCUACUUACAUUAAUGGAUUGUUUGACAGACAAAAAAAUGAUAACAAAUCGCAUUCGACCACUGAAACCUGGUCCAACGAGACGACGGACAACGGGUACUUUACUGCAGGAAGACUAUUAAACGUCGUCGCCGAUGGUAAAAAUCCAUCUCUGAAUUUGUAAUUUUCGCAAAAUGCGACUAUACACAUAAAAUACUCACUUUAUAUUUUUACACUGUACAGCAUUAUUGUUAAUGAAACGAAAAAUGAUUUGUUAAUUUUUAAACAUCAGUAUUCUCGCUAUAUAACUGUAUAUAUAUAAUAUAUUAAAAUACCUACAUAUUACUAUGUAAAUUACCUAGGUAGGUAGGUACAUUAGAUAUAGCAAUGCGUGACAAAUUGGGACUUUGAGUAGAUGCGUAGUUUACGCAUUUGGUCCUAUUAUUACACAUUCAUACAAUAUUUACAUAUAUAAGUACCUAUACCUAGUUGUUUUAAUUUUUUAACUAUUUUUUAAUGUUUGUUGUCGUGUACAUAUCACUAUUAUAAUUAUGUAGUUUUUUAUUAUUAUCUAAUUUUUUUUCACUAAACUAUAAAACGUAAUACGCAUAAUACAUACAUAAUACAUAAUAUUAUAAUAUUUUAGAUAAUAUGUAUAAUUUAUUUAUUUAAAUUUGAAAAGUGUUUAAUAAGAUAAAACCUAAUUGUAUAAUAAUUAGGUGCACUUUGAAUAUCCGUUGUUUACAAUCGUUUGACAUUUACCCGGCACAUUUAUUUACAUAAUAUUAAUUUUUUUAAAAAACCAUUUGUAUAACUAUUAUAUAGUACCUAGUCAGUGGAUUAUGUGUAUCCCUUCACCUACAAAGUUAAAAAAUUACUAUAGACGUGGUUAAAUUUGAAUAGAUAUACCUACUAUCCCGCAUAUUAUAAUAUGUAUUCUAUACCUACAUGAAUGUUUUUUUUUACAGUGUUAUGGUUGAAUAAUAAAAGUUCUUUGUAAA